GUUACUUUAAUGUCGAUAGACGUCUUCCUUUUCGAUUGGUUAGUUAGAAAAUAAGAAACGUUUUCAUUGGUUAAUUCAUAGUGUCUAAGGAGUAAAGUCAAACUUGUCUGUGACUUAAAAUCACUGAGACGUAACGUAAUUAUGCACUUCCUAUUUCCUGCUGCUGUGAUUGUCCUGUUACUUACCCCUCUCCUUUUCAUUUUUUAUUUUCCUCCUCCUCCACAAUUUUGUUAUUUUCCUAACGCAAUUUUUUUAUUCCCAUUUUUCUUUCCUCCUCCUCCUCCUCCUCCUCAUUUCUAUUGUUUUCCCUACACCACCACCAAAACCACCGCCACAUUUCUAUUGUUUUCCCUCCACCACCACCACCACCGCCACAUUUCUAUUGUUUUCCCUCCACCACCACCACCACCACCACCACCGCCAUAUUUCUAUUACUUUCCCUCCACCACCACCACCACAUACCUAUUGUUUUCCCUCCAUCACCACCACCACCACCACCACAUUUCCAUUGUUUUCCUUCCUCCUCCUCCUCAUUUUUAUUGUUUUCCCUCCUCCUCCUCCUCCUCAUUUUCAUUGUUUUUCCUCCUCCUCCUCAUUCUUAUUGUUUUCCCUCCUCCUUCUCAUUUUUAUUGUUUUUCCUCCUCCUCCUCCUCAUUUUUAUUGUUUUCCCUCCUCCUCCUCCUCCUCCUCCACCUCCUCCUCAUUUCUAUUGUUUUCCCUCGAAAGGCCAAAGAGGCCGAAAUCAGGCCUAAACGGCCUAAAAGGCCAAACUUGCAGGGAAAACAUCAGAAAUGAGGAGGAGGUGGAGGAGGAGAAGGAGGAGGAGGAGGAGGGAAAACAAUAAAAAAUGAGGAGGAGGAGGAAGAGGGGGAGGAAAAACAAUAAAAAUGAGGAGGAGGAGGGAAAACAAUGGAAAUGUGGCGGUGGUGGUGGAGGGAAAACAAUAGAAAUGUGGUGGUGGUGGUGGUAGUGGUGGAGGAGGGAAAACAAUAGAAAUGUGGUGGUGGUGGUGGUGGAGGGAAAACAGUAGAAAUGUGGCGGUGGUGGUGGUGGUGGAAAAACAAUAGAAAUGUGGUGGCGGUGGUAGUGGUGGUGGUGGAGAGAAAACAUAGAAAUGUGGCAGUGGUGGUGGUGGUGGGAAAACAAUAGAAAUGUGGUGGCGGUGGUGGUGGUGGUGGUGGUGGUGGUGGAGGGAAAACAAUAGAAAUGUGGCGGUGGUGGAGGGAAAACAAUAGAAAUGUGGUGGUGGUGGUGGUGGUGGUGGAGGGAAAACAAUAGAAAUGUGGCGGUGGUGGUGGUGGUGGAGGGUAAACAAUAGAAAUGUGGUGGCGGUGGUGGUGGUGGUGGUGGUGGAGGGAAAACAAUAGAAAUGUAGUGACAGUGGUGGUGGUGGUGGUGGUGGUGGAGGGAAAACUAUGGAAAUGUGGUGGUUGUGGUGGUGGUGGUGGUAGUGGAGGGAAAACGAUAGAUUUGUGGCGGUGGUGGUGUAGGGAAAACAAUAGAAAUGAGGAGGAGGAGGAGGAGGAGGAGGAAAGAAAAAUGGGAAUAAAAAAAUUGUGGAAGGAAAAUAACAAAAUUGUGGAGGAGGAGGAAAAUAAAAAAUGAAAAGGAGAGGGGUAAGUAAAGCAUUGCUUCCAGUGUAUAAAAAGAGCUAGUUUGCCUUUGCCCUCUUUAAUAUACACGAUUUGUCCGCCAAAAAUCAGUGAACCGGAACAAGGACAAUCACAGCAGCAGGAAAUAGGAAGUGCAUAAUUGCGUUACGUCUCAGUGAUUUUAAGUCACAGACAAGUUUGACUUUACUCCUUAGACACUAUGAAUUAAUCAAUGAAAACGUUUCUUAUUUUCUAACUAACCAAUCGAAAAGGAAGACGUCUAUCGACAUUAAAGUAACUAGAAAACCUAAACCAACUAAAAAUAACACACGACCUUAUCUUAAUGAGAUUCCUGCGCAUUUUAUUCAUGAGAUCAAGACAAUAGCCUAUGACGUCAUUGGCUUUAAUUUAUUCCUGCUCACGCUUAUGAGAUUCCUGCUCAAAAAAGUGGAAACCGUGGUGCACCCUAUACUACUUACAACGAAGUGAAUCUAUUUAACCGUGGAGUCCCAGUAACUGCGACAAUAUUCCCGGAAACGUAACGCCUCAAUACACCACAAAUAGGAUUUCCCGCUAUAAUAUUUUCUUAUCCUACUCGGGGUAUUUACUUCAUAAUACGCGUGCAUAAUAACGCGAAAAUCAAGGGCCUCGAUUCGGGGAAAAUUACAUCAUUGCCAAACAGCAAAAACGUAAUCAACUUACAUGCGUCAUUUCAGUCAUCGCCAAAAAUAAACCGCAUGCUCAUCACGAGACUCAUUUGCAUACAAUGAAACUCAUCACCAUUCUUAUCCCAAGUUUCCACGGUCUCUGCUAGGAACGCUUGGGAGCAUGGCGUCCUAACUGGUGCCCACACACAAACAAAAAUAAAGAAACGUCUGCAUUUUUAGUCUAACUGUGCUAAAGCAAGCUCUACUAAAAAGCUCCUCAAUGAAUCAUUGGCGAAGGUCCCUUGGUUAUAAAUAGAGAAAACAGAAUUGAAAGUCGUGAAUCUGCUUUUCCAGAAAACGUUUAGUUUCAUCAUUUCAUCAUUUUUACCUCACCAAAGUAUGGAAUGUGUGUGAAAAGAGAGCUACACAACGGUAAGAAUACUAUUGACCAACAACAUACAGAGCAGGGGCAGCUGUAGUGUCAACUAUGUAUGUGUAAUCAAAUGGUGACGAGUGAAAUUAGGGAAUAAUUUCACGCACGUUUUGUCUUAGGCUCGGGAAAUUAUUAGGAUUUGGACAAAACGCAAGUGAAAUUAUUCCCUAAUUUCACGACUAUACCAUUUGAUUACCUAUUAAUAUUAUGGGUGACGAAUGACGUUAGCAAUCUUGGAUUUUGACAUGUUUAUCCUGGAUCGUAUCGAUGGAGAACUCCUGCACUCUCUCGAACGUUUAGAGCUUAAGUUUGGCUUAAGUGGUUCAGAGUUUUUCGACAAAAUACCUGUUAGAAUCGUUCUUGAUGUGCUCGUUCGUGAGUUCAGGUUUUCUAAAGCGUCUUUUUGUGCCCUGACAUCUUCAUUCAUGACGUUUUAAAACUUCGUCGCCAUCUUGACACUGAGACGUACGGAAGGUUGCCAUGGCAAUUUUGUAAUUUCACAUGUGAAAUUAGAAAUUAACGCUGAAAUUUCGCGCCAAAAUUAAGGAGUAAUUCGUCACCUAUGAUAUUAUACUAGUAAUACAUGUACUCUAGAGAACCGUUUCUUUCAAAUUUCGUCUUAUUCUCGUGCAUAUCUACGCAUAAUUUAUGAAAAGACAAAGGUUCACGUUCCCCUGAGAGCUCUAUUGGGAAAACAAAACACACAAGCGAAAGAGGUCUAUUAACGGGCCCGAAAAGCUGUUGUCGUUUACAUUAAAGCUCGAGGUUUCAGUAGGUUUACAGAUAAUAUGAUAAAACUAUCAGUAUAUAAUCUGAAUAUUUGAUUUCGGGCCCGUAAAGUUACCGGGACUUUCGAGAAACGGGCCCCAGGAGCAUAGUCCUUGGAGUCUCGGUUCGGUCAAUCCUGGGCCGGGUUGUUCAAAGCAGGGUUAAGAUAACCCAGGGUUAGUGCGAGGUAUAAAUUCAGAUAUGAAAGCUUAAAAAUCAAAUUCAGUGUAAUUCUUUUAGCCUGUAACGUACUAAAUUGAUGUUCUAUAACGAAUAGUGAAAAUUAUCCGGGAAAAUGCUUUUGAACAAAAGAACAAGAAACCCAGAAUAAACCUUAAUCCUGAGUUACGAUUAAUGGGCUUUCGAACAAGUGGGCCCUGGAGUCUACUAUGAGCUGUGACGUCAUCGACAGAGACUCGCCCGCUCUUUCCCAGACUUCGCGCGGACAACGGGCAACACAGAAAGCCUAGGGACUAGGCUGGGGUCCCAGGGCUUUUCUCUUGGACUCUGGGAGGGUCCCAUCCCAGAUUUACACGAGAAAGGCCCUGAAGAUGGCUUACACGACACCCGAGACAUAAGGGCAGUUCUGACCUCGUGGGUGUAACUUGAAUUUUUCUUUCUUUAGGUGGAAUGCGUCUUCAUGACUGAUGGACUCAUAACAGAACAAAUUCAACAUAACCUUAUUUUAAACGAAAAGGAUAAAUACAAGGAUAUUAAGCUUCAGCCUCUUAAAGGAGGCCGUGGGUGGUUUGGAUUCCGCUUCCUUAACCAAAUCAAAUGGGCAGCGGCGAAAUUUAACUUUCAGUACCUACUUAGAAUUGAUGAUGACUACUUCUUGUGCCCAAAAAGGCUUCUUUCUGAGCUUCCAUUGAGACCAAAACAAAAUCUAGUUUGGGGAUUUUUCCACUGUCAAGCAGGAAUCACAUGGGUGGAUGAUGCAUUUAUGAUAUUCUCCGAAGAUGUUAUUCAGAAGUUCUUGGCGCAGAACGAAAGCUCGAUGUUGUGUCAUCCACAAGCGGACCAACAAGUCAUGUUGUGGCUGAGCAGUAUUCUAAACAUAACAUACUUCCACGAUACCAGGUUACAUCAUCAGCCUCCAGCGUCAUAUGUUCCUCGAUUUAGUCACAUCUCGAAUGUUUGUGACUCCCAUUUAGGCGCGCAUGGGGCAUAUGGCGAGACCAUGUAUUAUCUGGGGCUAAGAGCUAAUGACAACGCUAAAGAUGUUUCAGCUAUUCCUGAUUUUGCAAAAUUUUGUAAAACCACAAAGUUUGAUCACCGUGUAUUUGGUGGUGUGUGGCGACAUGAACCCCAGCCCUGCAAAGAUAACCCAGCGUGGGACUUGGGAGAUAAAAUGUUUUUUGGUAGGGAAGUUGUUCAAGGAGUGUAA